UAUUUUUAAAGAAAAUAUGUCUCCUCUGAAGAUACAUGGUCCUGUCAGAAUUCGAAGUAUGCAGACUGGGAUUACAAAGUGGAAAGAAGGAUCCUUUGAAAUUGUGGAAAAAGAAAAUAAAGUCAGCCUAGUAGUUCACUACAAUACCGGAGGAAUUCCGAGGGUAUUUCAGCUAAGUCAUAACAUUAAAAAUGUGGUGCUUCGACCCAGUGGAGCAAAACAAAGCCGCCUAAUGUUAACUCUACAAGAUAACAGCUUCUUGUCUAUUGACAAAGUACCAAGUAAAGAUGCAGAGGAAAUGAGAUUGUUUCUAGAUGCAGUCCAUCAAAACAGACUUAAUGGAGCCAUGAAACCUUCUCAGGGGUCUGGUAGUUUCGGAGCCAUUCUGGGCAGCAGGACCUCACAGAAAGAAAUCAGCAGGCAGCUUUCUUAUUCAGACAAUCAGGCUCCUGCAAAAAGAGGAAGUUUGGAAACUAAAGAUGAUAUUCCAUUUCGAAAAGUUCUUGGCAGUCCAGGUAGAGGAUCGAUGAAGGCUGUAGCAGGAAGUGGAAUAGCUAUUACUCGGACGAUUCCUUCUUUGACGUCUACAUCAACACCUCUUAGAUCAGGGUUGCUAGAAAAUCGUACUGAAAAGAGGAAAAGAGUGUUAUCAACUGGCUCAGAACUGAAUGAAGAUUACCCUAAGGAAAAUGAUUCAUCAUCGAACAACAAGGCCAUGACAGAUCCCUCCAGAAAGUAUUUAACCAGCAGUAGAGAAAAGCAGCUAAGUUUGAAACAGUCAGAAGAAAAUAGGACAUCAGGGCUUUUACCUUUACAGUCAUCAUCCUUUUAUGGUAGCAGAGCUGGAUCCAAGGAAUACUCUUCUGGUGGCACUAACUUAGACAGGACUAAUGUUUCAAGCCAGACUCCCUCCGCCAAACGAAGUUUGGGAUUUCUUCCUCAGCCAGCUCCUCUUUCUGUUAAGAAACUGAGGUGUAACCAGGAUUACACUGGCUGGAAUAAACCAAGAGUGCCCCUCUCCUCUCACCAACAGCAGCAACUGCAAGGCUUCUCCAAUUUGGGAAAUACCUGCUAUAUGAAUGCUAUUUUACAAUCUCUAUUUUCACUCCAGUCAUUUGCAAAUGACUUGCUUAAACAAGGUAUCCCAUGGAAGAAAAUUCCCCUCAAUGCACUUAUCAGACGCUUUGCACACUUGCUUGUUAAAAAAGAUAUCUGUAAUUCAGAGACCAAAAAAGAUUUACUCAAGAAGGUUAAAAAUGCCAUUUCAGCUACUGCAGAGAGAUUCUCUGGCUAUAUGCAGAAUGAUGCUCAUGAAUUUUUAAGUCAGUGCUUGGACCAGCUGAAAGAAGAUAUGGAAAAAUUAAAUAAAACUUGGAAGACUGAACCUGUUUCUGGAGAAGAAAAUUCACCAGAUAUUUCAGCUACCAGAGUAUACACUUGCCCUGUUAUUACUAAUUUGGAGUUUGAGGUUCAGCACUCCAUCAUUUGUAAAGCAUGUGGAGAGAUUAUCCCCAAAAGAGAACAGUUUAAUGACCUCUCUAUUGACCUUCCUCGUAGGAAAAAACCACUUCCUCCUCGUUCAAUUCAAGAUUCUCUUGAUCUUUUCUUUAGGGCCGAAGAACUGGAAUAUUCUUGUGAGAAGUGUGGUGGGAAGUGUGCUCUUGUCAGGCACAAAUUUAACAGGCUUCCUAGGAUCCUCAUUCUUCAUUUGAAACGAUAUAGCUUCAAUGUGGCUCUCUCGCUUAACAAUAAGAUUGGACAGCAAGUCAUCAUUCCAAGAUACCUGACCCUGUCAUCUCAUUGCACUGAAAAUACAAAACCACCUUUUACCCUUGGUUGGAGUGCACAUAUGGCAGUUUCUAGACCAUUGAAAACCUCUCAAAUGGUGAAUUCCUGCAUCACCAGCCCUUCUACACCUUCAAAGAAAUUCACCUUCAAAUCCAAAAGCUCCUUGGCUUUAUGCCUUGAUUCAGACAGUGAGGAUGAGCUAAAACAUUCUGUGGCCCUCAGCCAAAGACUUUGUGAAAUGUCAGGCAGUGAACAGCAGCAGGAAGACCUAGAAAAAGAUUCAAAAUUAUGUCGAAUAGAACCUGACAAGUCCGAAUUGGAAAACUCAGGAUUUGACAGAAUGAGUGAAGAAGAACUUGUAGCAGCUGUCUUGGAGAUAAGUAAGAGAGAAGCUUCACCAUCUCUGAGUCAUGAAGAUGAUGAUAAGCCAACUAGCAGCCCAGAUACCGGAUUUGCAGAAGAUGAUAUUCAGGAAAUGCCAGAAAAUCCAGAUACUAUGGAAACUGAGAAGCCCAAAACAAUCACAGAGCUAGAUCCUGCCAGUUUCACUGAGAUAACUAAAGACUGUGAUGAGAAUAAAGAAAACAAAACUCCAGAAGGAUCUCAGGGAGAGGUUGAUUGGCUUCAGCAGUAUGAUAUGGAACGUGAAAGGGAAGAGCAAGAGCUUCAGCAGGCUCUGGCUCAGAGCCUCCAAGAGCAAGAGGCUUGGGAACAGAAAGAAGAUGAUGACCUCAAAAGAGCUACUGAAUUAAGUCUUCAAGAGUUUAACAACUCCUUUGUGGACGCAUUGGGUUCUGAUGAGGACUCUGGAAAUGAGGAUGUUUUUGAUAUGGAGUAUACAGAAGCUGAAGCUGAGGAACUGAAAAGAAAUGCUGAGACAGGAAAUCUGCCUCAUUCCUACCGGCUCAUCAGUGUUGUCAGCCACAUUGGUAGCACUUCUUCUUCAGGUCAUUACAUUAGUGAUGUGUAUGACAUUAAGAAGCAAGCGUGGUUUACUUACAAUGACCUGGAGGUAUCAAAAAUCCAAGAGGCUGCUGUGCAGAGUGAUCGAGAUCGGAGUGGUUACAUCUUCUUUUAUAUGCACAAGGAGAUCUUUGAUGAGCUGCUGGAAACAGAAAAGAACUCUCAGACACUUAGCAUGGAAGUGGGGAAGACUACCCGUCAGGCCUUGUGAGGAACAAACUUCUGGGUUGGCAGUGUGCACUGCAUAUUUUUUCUUACUGCUGCCCACCUCACCUUUCCUCUGCUGAAGGAGAAUUUGGAAUUCUACUUGAUGCGGGAGCAACAAACAGCUCAGGGCCAAACCAAAAGACAAAAAUUGGAGUUGCGAAGAAUGCUCCAUGCUAUUUUAUGGAAACUUUGGUCUCACAUUUGUAGCUGAUUAUCUUUUUUCUCCUAUAAGAGUGGCACUUCCUUUUGUCUUAGGAGCACAUGUUGUAAAUAUAUAUGUGUAUAUGUACACACACAC